CGGCCCGGGCAGCUGGGAGGAAAUGGUCCAAUUUAUCGUCAUGCCGCUGCGGCUUGUUGUUUAAGCUCCCUGACCAUGUCGCCUACUUGCUCUUGAGCCCCCUCUGCCGGUGUUGCCAUGGUGCACAGCUUCAUCGAUCCGUCGAGACUGAGCAAAAAUAACCUGCGCCCAUGCCCAAGCCCAUGCCGUGCCUCCUCUUACAUGCUCAGCAGUCCAGCUCUUCGCCGGGUGGACUCGUGUUACAGAAGUGAUUUUGCGUCUCGUGGACUCCACCGCUUAUGCCGUGCUCUUGAUGAUUCUGUGUACCCACAAACGUGCUCCCUGAAGUAGCACCUCGAGAUUCUUGCUAUUUGUUCGUGAACGAUAUUUGUCGAAUUGGUUCAUAGCGGUGUGAUUCGUUUGUGAAGUGUUUACGAUGACAGAUGAUGGAGAAGAUUACACCGUCGUAAGAGAAAGAAUUCAAUGAUUGUUGCCCACGCUGCUUUUCUCGACGGUUAGGAGAAAUCCACCUCGAUUGUGACCUGAGUCACUUACUCGUCAGUCGGCAGCUCGCGGACGUGAUGCGAAGGACGGAGACAGGGGAUGGGGCCAUUUCUAUGUUAGGAUACGAAUUGAGGAGAUUAUGAACUGUGGCACUUUUUCGAGUAAUUUCUGAUUCGAGAAAUUCGACAGCACACGCCUUGGUGAUUGUCAAAUCAUAUCAUUGUGGCUGCACGAUGGACCCCGAGAAGGAUUCUGUGGUGUUAGAAAGCAAGGUGGACUUGGCUCAGUGUGUUGCGGAGGGGAAGAUGGUGGGUGAUGAUCUCAUUUGGAAGGAAAUCGACUACUCGGAAACUUGUUUGGUCAGUUCGAUGUUCCAAGAGGCAGUUGAGGCGUCAACUUCUUGCCUUCGUGAACUCUCCAAGAGAAUUACCGAUGAGGGUGCCUGGCUAUCAGCAGAAGCAAGAAGCUUAUCUGCGGAAUCCUACUCACAGAAGAACAGUGAAGAUGUUGGGGAGCUUCUCUCCAUGGUGGAAGCGUCAGGGAUGGUGUUGCUGCAGGCGUUAAGUGGACUGGGCCGGUCGAGCGAGAUUUUUGAUGUUCUCACUUCUGUUUUCAACUCCGUCUCAAGAGUUCCGUACUCCUUGUUCCUGACGGGGAUAUGCCUACAGCUUUCUGUGGGCCUUCACGGUUCAGCUAAAAUUGCUCUGGAAGAGUAUUUGAGUGACUGGAAAUCAGUGAAGGGAGCAGAUGGUCUCUUGACCAAGACGGUUAUCCCCAUUGGAACUUGCCAGAGAGUCGUGCGAGAGAUUGGAUCGGCAUCCAGUUCUUUGCAUCUCACGAAGACGGGGUUUCUACAGCUGGCAGAAAUAUAUGCUAUCGAGGUCCUUGUGAUUGGACUGAAGAAUCCGAAAGCAGCUCUUCUUUGGAUCACCCAAACGAACACUUUAGAAGAUAAGAAGACGCUCAUCAUUGAGAAAAUUCAGCACAUCGUGCAGCAAGAGCGAGCGAAGGCCAAGCAAAAGGAGCAAAGCGCAGAUAGUUUUUGUGCCAGCACCGCCAGUCCUGUUGGUACUCCUCACCAGAGGACUCGAGAGCAGACGAAUGGUGCAAAGCGGAAUGACCAAGAUUCACUUGGAGAUGUUCAGGCUGCUGAUGGAGCUACAAAAGAUGAGUCGAGUCCAAAAGGACCUGGACAGUCCAACUCCAGAGCUGUUUCUAAGGGAUCAGGCUUUUGUGGACGGUUUCCUUUUGCCCGGACAGUUUGCAAGUUAAUAGAGCUGGUGAUGAUGCGGAUUAGGGCACACUUAUUUUCACACUCUGACGGUUUGCCGGAAGGCAAGUUGCUUCUAACGGGAGCGUUCACCUCCAUUCUCGUGAUUGCUCUUCUUCGAAACCGACGGAAGGUGCUAAGGAUCUUUGCAAUCUUGAUGAAUCCUGUGAGAAGUGCUCUCAGUGACCUCUGGCAGCAGGCAUUCAGUGUGCAACUGAAUCCUUUGGCAGCAGCGCAACCUUUUCCUACUUCAAGGUCACUGGUAGCAUAGAAUUUUUAAAUUCGAGGGAAUUGCUCCUUCCCUCCCAACUUCAGUCACCUACGGGCUACAAGUACGAUGAUCCUCAUUUGGCUGUUAGGCUAUGGCACAAUAACACAGGGUUGAAUAUGGAAUCGGAGGAGGUUCAGUCUCUGGGUAAACUUACCAAGAAUGAUUGCAAAAUUCGAGAGUCCAUGUUAUAUGGCGAUCAUGCUAGAAAUCUGUUACAAGGAGAGAAGAUAAGCAGGCCUUGACGGACGGAUCUUCGAAGGCUUCUAGAAAAG